AUGCUGUCAUGUUAUUGCAGAGCAGGAGGGGGUCAAAGCAGAAGAAGCGCGAUGCAGUGCUUCCGGUUCGCGAGCUGGGACAAGGAGCGGGACAAGGAGGAGCUGCAGGUGCCUGCACGGUCUCAGUCGGCGCGUUCCAACAGCAGCAUCUCCACGGACCAUGACGCACGGCGGUCGGGCUCAGAGUGCUGCUCGCUCACCGUCUCGUCCGAGAUCAGCGUCGAGUCCUUUGGCCGGUACCGGCAGCUGUCGCUGCCGCAGCGGCCCAACAAUGACCUCCGCAUCUUCACCUUCCAGGAGCUCAAGAGCGCCACCCGGAGCUUCAGCCGUGCACUCAUGAUCGGCGAGGGCGGUUUUGGCUGCGUCUACCGCGGCACCAUCCGGAGCACCCUCGAGCCGCGCCGAAGCCUCGAUGUCGCCAUCAAGCAGCUCGGACGCAAAGGCCUCCAGGGACAUAAGGAAUGGGUGACCGAGGUGAACUUUCUUGGGGUGGUGGGUCAUCCCAACCUGGUGAAGCUCAUCGGCUACUGCGCAGAGGACGACGAGAGGGGGAUUCAGUUGCUGCUCGUCUACGAAUUCAUGCCUCACGGAAGCCUAGCUGAUCACCUGUCAACAAGAUCACCAAAGCCCGCUUCAUGGGCAAUGAGGCUGAGAGUAGCACUCGACACUGCUCGUGGUCUCAAGUACCUGCACGAAGAUUCUGAAUUCAAGAUAAUAUUCCGUGAUCUGAAGCCUUCAAACAUCCUGCUCGACGAGAACUGGAACGCAAAACUGUCGGACUUCGGCUUGGCUAGACUGGGGCCGCAAGAGGGAAGCCAUGUUUCAACAGCGGUGGUGGGUACUAUAGGGUAUGCAGCUCCUGAGUAUAUCCAUACAGGACGCCUCAGCAGUAAGAAUGACAUAUGGAGCUAUGGAGUGGUUCUCUACGAGCUCCUCACAGGCCGGAGGCCUCUGGACCGGAACAGACCGAGGGGUGAACAGAACCUUGUGGAAUGGGUGAAGCCCUACUCCUCCGACACCAAGAAGUUUGAAACCAUAAUGGAUCCAAGGCUCGAAGGGAACUACAGCAUGAAAUCGGCAGUCAGGAUUGCCUCGCUGGCAAACAAGUGCCUGGUGCGCCAUGCAAGGUAUAGACCUAAGAUGAGCGAGGUGCUGGAGAUGGUGCAGAAGAUUGUCGAUAGCAGUGACCUUGGAACACCAGAGCAUCCCCUGAUAAGCCAUUCAAAAGAAUUGGCUAGUGAUGAGAAAAAAAGGAAAGGCCUUGAUCUGAAGAGGAGGAUCGCUGGUAUUAAAGCUGGAGAUGGUAGAUGGCUUACAUGGCACAAGUGGACACCCAAGCUUGUGAGAACACAAUGACUCAAAAUAUGGAUGAGAUGUUCCUCUUUAUGACUUUGACAUCCAGAGAUAUUAGCAAAAACAGCAACGGCUGAAAUGCCACUUGAGUUGCUGUUUACCAUACAAUUCAGAGAACAUGAUAACUAAAAACAGGAGAUUUGGCAAGCGGCAAGCCUAAUGCUAUCAUCACUAAAUAAUGGCUAUGCCUGGGUUUGUGAGGUCACGCACAGGCAGUGUCCACUUGCCACAUAGUUCGGCAUUACAUGUUUUCACAAGAGCUGGAAAAUCAAAACUGAAGAAGUCCUUUUUGAAGUAGAAAUAUUGGUGUACAGUUUAACAUGGAAUUCGCAUUUUUGCUGACUGAAUUUUGAAUUGUUUCUAGUGCCAAAUAAGAAUUUUAAGGAGGUGCAUGUAGCUUAUUGGUUCCUGUGUUUGCAAGAUUUGCACCCUGUAUGCAUCUCUCUGAUGAACUUAAUUAUUUUUCUGCACUGACACAGCUGAUAUGUAAAGUUCCCUUUUCAGUACUAGAUCAAUUGGGAGGUAGAA